GGUCGUGAAAGAAAUCAAAUUAAAUGAAGCUCAAUGGGAUUCAACCCAUCAUCCAGCCUUUAGGAAGGCAGUCAUUUGGCCAGUGUUUCUGGUUAUGCGCUGCUGUGUAUGUUUAUGCCAGCGAAGCCUGCAGUGUUCACCAUCCAAGAUGGCUGCGGGUGAGAGCAAUAGCCGAUCCUCGUGUCUAAACUUGUCCAAUUCGGGUCCGCUGGGCAAUGCGCCGCCGAGCAACGUCGCGCACUCCUCGCCCGCAAGUAACGGGGGAGCGGCUGGUGCGGCCGGGGGAAUGAACCGAAAUGCGGGGAAUUCGAACCCCCUGUCGGGCCCGGAAAACGGCGGAGGCGCCGAUUCUUCGGUGAGAAUCGCGCCGAGCACCCAGAACCCUCCGCGGCAGUCUAUCGGUCAGAGCGCCGCGGCGGCUCACGGUGCGUCUGCGAGCGGAGCGAUAACGGGCGCUGCGUCAAAUAUGACGGCGACAUCAUCAUCAUCUUCUUCUUCAUCCUCGACAUCUACCGCAUCCGAUGCGUCCGCCGCCGCCGUCUCUUCGCUUCCCAGCAGCCCGGCUUCGGUUUUGGUUUAUCGAGAGCCGGUCUACAAUUGGCAAGCGACAAAAAGUACAGUGAAAGAAAGGUUUGCCUUUUUGUUUAACAACGAAGUGUUAAGUGACGUCCAUUUUUUGGUUGGGAAGGGAAUGGGAGUGCAGCGCAUUCCAGCCCACAGAUUUGCUCUCGCUGUGGGAAGUGCCGUGUUUGAUGCCAUGUUCAACGGUGGCAUGGCCACAACGUCGACCGAAAUUGAGCUCCCAGAUGUGGAACCGGCUGCAUUUCUAGCCCUUCUCAAGUUUCUCUACUCGGAUGAAGUGCAAAUUGGACCAGAGACAGUUAUGACCACCCUAUACUCCGCUAAAAAGUAUGCAGUGCCCGCUCUGGAAGCCCACUGUGUCGAAUUCCUAAAGAAAAAUCUACGUGCUGAUAAUGCGUUUAUGUUGCUUACCCAGGCUCGGCUUUUCGACGAGCCCCAGCUGGCCAGUCUCUGCUUGGAAAAUAUCGACAAGAACACUGCUGACGCACUGGCUGCCGAGGGCUUUACGGAUAUUGACCUCGACACACUUGUGGCAGUCCUGGAGAGAGACACGCUGGGGGUACGAGAAGUCCGUCUCUUCGGGGCCGCGGUGCGUUGGGCGGAAGCCGAGGCUCAAAGACAGCAGUUACAGACCACCCCGGAAAACAAGCGCAGGGUGUUGGGAAAAGCUCUUUCUCUUAUUCGCUUCCCUCUCAUGACCAUUGAGGAGUUUGCGGCAGGUCCGGCUCAAUCCGGUAUACUCGCAGACCGGGAGGUGGUCAGCUUGUUUCUACAUUUUACCGUCAAUCCAAAACCCCACGUCGAAUUUAUCGACCGUCCACGCUGCUGCCUCCGGGGAAAAGAGUGCAGUAUCACACGCUUUAGUCAAGUGGAGAGCCGGUGGGGCUACAGCGGAACCAGCGACCGGAUCCGGUUUUCAGUGAACCGAAGAAUAUUUGUGGUUGGAUUUGGGCUUUACGGGUCCAUACAUGGUCCAACUGACUAUCAAGUCAACAUCCAGAUCAUACAUACAGACAGCAACACAGUUUUGGGUCAGAACGAUACAGGCUUUAGCUGUGAUGGAACAGCCAGUACCUUUCGAGUCAUGUUUAAGGAGCCUGUGGAAAUCCUCCCAAGUGUCAACUACAUCGCCUGCGCCACGCUCAAGGGACCGGACUCUCAUUAUGGGACCAAGGGAAUGCGUAAAGUCACUCAUGAAGCCCCGGCCACUGGCAUCAAGACCUGCUUCACAUUCUGCUACGCUGCAGGAAACAACAAUGGCACUUCUGUAGAGGACGGACAGAUACCAGAAGUCAUCUUCUACACAUAAUGACCAAACAACAUCAUCUGACGAUUAAAGACUCUUGCAUCGCAUCUUGAGGCCAAUUCACCGGUCUUCCCGUAGACUGGCGACCAAAUACUGAUCUCUUAUUUCUAAGAGCUUUCGUUUUCAAGCAUGAGAAUUCAGUCAGUGUACUUAGGGUACAGCUGUCAUUUUUACCCGAGUAGCACACCGCAUAGUGAAAACUUACUAUGAGCCAAUUUUCACGUUAAAGAACAUGUAGGACACCACUACAGGUACGUUAUUUUUUUUGGCUGUCAAAUAUUAUGUCGAAAAUGGUGUUUGUUUUUGAUUACACCUUUGGCCCGAUUGUUAAAUCCUUCAAAACGCACCAACGCACUUAACACCUCGAUUCUCAGAGCAGGUUUGCAGAAAAUACACUACAUUUAGAGAAACGUUUGAUUCGUUGUAGAACGGAACAAUUCCUUUAAGGCAAUGUGAUCAGUAAAUGUUUUAAGUUGCUGUUUACCAUAGUUGGCCUUCUUGUUUAUUAAGCACUUGCAUUCAUGACCCAUGUACAAAAGCUCUUAAAAAGUAUAGACUGCAGUAAAAUACUGAACACAUUUCUAUUGAUUCAAAAUAUUGUUUUCUUGACAUGCUGUAUGUUGAUCAAAGACGAGUAAGAUGAACAGGAAACAGCUUCAUGAAUGUAUCAAUGCUUACCUUGUAAGCGCUGUAAAUAUAUUGUUCUUGUCUUGGUUCUGUGUUUAAUUAAAGUCUGCACCCCUUGUUUGAAUCUCA